AUGAAAAAAUGUUACGGGAGUGAGGAAGGAAAUUUGGGCACAGUUGCCGUAGGAUUGAAUGGGAAUCCGUCCUUUUCGCAGAAGUCACCGUACGGGGGAUGGUGGGAUGCAUGGCAUGGGGCAGGCCAUUCUGUCCGCUGCAUAGCCAUUGCCAUCCCAAAGCUCUCAUUCGGCACAGGCUGGGAGGAUGCUAGCAAAAGUUACAGAAUUUGGAUUCACACCUGCCAACUGCGUUUGCGGUUUUGUCUCAGUGCUGGUCCUGCUGUAUGCUACGUGGACGGAGCUGUCUAUUUCUCCCCUGUGAUUGUGGGGAUUGCUUUGCCUUCUUUACAAGAGAUUGAUGGUGGGGCUCUCUUCGUUGUGGCUGCUAUGGGGUGGUUAGGGUUAGGGGUCAAAGCUUUGGUCUUGUGCGGCCGGAGGGAGUUCUUCUUGUUGCACUGUAUUUGCCUGGAUUUCCCUCUUCCUGCCGUUGGGAGUUCUCGUGUUGACCUCUGGUGUGGGUUUGUGCUGGCCCUUCUUUCGGUUUGUAGCUUUGGGGUUUCUGUUUUUGGGGUCGUGCUUGUGUUUGUUGAUGCCCUUCGGUUGAGGGAAAGCACGCUGGCAGAUUCCUACACAUAUUAUACCGUAUCGCAAGAUUGUAUAGCCAUGAAAUCUUUGGAAGAUGGAAAAAUUGUUCAUUCCUACAUGAUCAAAACUGGACAUAACCAGGAAGCAUUUUCUCAAAACAGCCUUAUUAAUAUGUAUGCGGAAUGUGAAAGUUUGACAGGUGCAUGCCAAGUGUUCGACAAAAUGUCUGCAAGAGAUGCAUUCUCAUGGGAUUUAAUGACUGCAGCGUCUGUUCAGACGAGGCAUUUUGAAGAGGCCUUAAAGCUAUUUUCUGCCUUGCAACGGUUUGGCAUAAACCCCAAUGAAUUUGCUUUCUCAAACGUUUUAAAGUCCUGUUCAAGCGUAGAAGCUCUAGAGGUAGGAAAUCAGUUUUUUGCUUACAAUGGAGAAAUUGGAUGCCAAUCCAGUUCUUUUGUGGGGAAUGCACCCAUUGAGUUGUAUGACAAAUGUGGAAGGUUUAAGAACGCACGCCAUCUAUUUGACAAAAUGGUUAACCGAAAUUUUGUUUCAUGGAAUUCUAUGAUCACAGGAUAUACCCCAAGCGGGGAGUGUGCAGAGUUGGAGCCGGAGGACUUAAGAAGUUCCGGAUGGGUCAUUGCUAGUAGUCAGGGUCUUAUGGGGGACUCAAGAAGACGAAGGCAUCGAGGAGACUUGUGGUGGACACUUGAAAAGGUAUGGCGUAGUCUGGAAACAAGAAAGGACUUGUCCGCAAUGGAAGUCGUGAGUAAGAACUCUUUGGCACUGUCGCUCUUUAAGAACUCAAUCGAUUCCAAUGUUGCUGUGGGAACUGUCCUUCUUGAUAUGUAUGUCAAGUGUGGGAGUGUAGAGGGUGGACACAGAGUGUUUAACGGAAUGUCAGAGGGGAAUGUUGUGUCAUGGACAGAUAUGAUUGCAGAGUAUGGUCAACAUGGCAAUGCUGAAAAAACUCAAACUUUUCCCCGAGAUGCGCUUUCAGCAGUAACGAAGGCUGAUGAGUACACCUUUUGA